GAAUCGGGGGGAAGUUUACAGUGCGCUGAAGGACUUGAGUAGAGUUCAGUCUUGCGCUCUCUCCAUGCGUCACAGCCCUUAUCCAAAAGCUCCAGAGGCGCGCACUGUUUGGAGCGGGUCCUACGUGCGCACGGUGCCCGCGCUGCACUCCUCACCUCUCUGUUCUCCCUCCUCGGCCUCGUCAUGGAUGUCAUCCCCAUGUGCAGCAUCUUUCAGGAGCUCCAGAUCGUGCACGACACCGGGUACUUCUCCGCGCUCCCGUCUCUGGAGGAGAACUGGCAGCAGACGUGUUUGGAGCUGGAGCGAUACCUCCAGAGCGAGCCCUACGUCUCCACCUCCGACCUCAAGUUUGAAGAGCAGGACGAGCUGUGGAACAAGCUCAUGUUAGCCUGUGGAGACAAGCCCCACGGGGACCCCAAGAUCCCCCACAUCAAGGACGAAGGGGACCACCCGGACGCCCCGAGCCUGGACCUGAGUCUGGACCAGGGUCUGGACCACGCCGGGUUCCACUCUGACGCCAGCAGUGAGAUCUCGGACAGUUCAGAAGAGCUGUCUCCGGCUCUGGACUUCCACACAAACGCGUUUUCCGAGCUGCUGGGAGGAGAGGAUUUGACGGCCGGAGUGAUGGGAACGCCCCCGUCCUCUCCAGAGACACCCAAAGACAAAGCAAACGCGCCUUCGGGCUCGGCGCAGCUGUGGGGCGGGGCCCCGGGGGCGCUGCAUUCACCGCUCAGGGUCAGGACAGGCCACUGCGAGGAGGGCUCACCCGAUGGGAGACGCAGGGUGCACCGCUGCCAGUUCAACGGGUGCAGAAAAGUCUACACCAAGAGCUCACACCUAAAGGCCCACCAGAGGACGCACACAGGAGAGAAACCUUACAGGUGCUCGUGGGAAGGCUGCGAGUGGCGUUUCGCUCGGAGUGAUGAACUGACCAGACACUUCAGGAAACACACAGGAGCCAAGCCAUUCAAAUGUGCACACUGCGACAGAUGUUUCUCGCGCUCGGACCACUUGGCCCUGCACAUGAAGCGUCACGUCUAAACAUGGCGUCUGGACUUUGGACUACCUGGUUUUGCUCAGUCCUGGUUUAAAUGUCUUCACCAGGACACGCCCCCUUCUCCUCCCCACGGCAACGCUUCCUGUCGAGGGAGGAUCCAAGAUGGCGGUGGGGGGGAUCCAAGAUGGCGACGGCUUCUGCACCACACCAGUGCCUCUUUCUCGCCUCGCUGUGGAUCGUUUUCAAAGCUUCGAAAAGGCAAAGUGCGGUGGACAUUUUGGGGUCUGGUUGGAUGAGGAAUCAGCUGAAUUUCUCCAAAGAUUGUGUGAAAUCUAGGCCGGUUGAGGGGAUCAUUCUGAGGUGGAAUUUUUAAGGAUCACAAUAAAAAAAAUUUAAACUUAAGCUUGGCCAAAAGACUGGGGGUGCGGUGAUCUACGAGUGACUCCAGGUGGCUGUGAUCUGUGUGGGGCUAAAUGGGAGUUUGGUUUGAGAAAAUAAAGCUGGGAGGUUUUUAUUGGAGUGGUGUGGAACUGAACAGGUUAGACCCAUAGCCCGUAUGAUGGACAUGGCUAACCCGCUAGCUGCCGCAUUCCAAAUUUCGCCCAUCUCUCUGUACCUGCUGCUUUCAGACUCGUCAUUUUGGUCUUAAAAUGUUAUGUCCUGGUGUGUUUAUUUCGCAAUUUUGACCAUAGAUUAUGACAUGAACCUUAAUAACAGUGCCUUCUUUCUCUGAGGUUGCACCGCUAGCGUUAGCAGCAGGUUUGAUUGGCAGCGUUGCUAAGCGUCCGUCCCCUACCAAACCAGCAGUACGGGUGAGAAGGAGCGUUCCCGUCAACAGUGUCAUUCCUGAUUGGUUCUUUGGUUGCUAGGAAACACACACUCGGAUUUCCAAAUAUGCGUCUUAGCUCCAGAUUAGCCGCUAUAACUGCUAGCCUCAAUGAGCUUCGUUUAGCUGGAGCCGAAUGCUGUGGGUGACAUCACAUUCACUUCCUCCAUUUCCUUAUGGUUAGAACGGCGUCGCUCAAAGGGGGUUUAAAUGUUUGGAAAAAGGAUUAGGUUCAUGUGAUACUUCUGAGGAAGGCCAAACAUUACAAAGUAUGACACAAAAAUACUGCAAUACUACAAUUAUCUGCGUCAAAAGUGUCACAUUUUUGUAAUGUAAACAAAUGGGAUUUACUUAAUUAACCACUGACCACACCACAAGACACGAUAAAUAGUUAAAAUUGCACUGUGUAACUUUCCUAGUGUAGGUGCUUUGCCUUGAAUGUUCCACAAUAUAGCAUUAAACCAGUGGUGACUAGAGUGGGGUCCAGGGGGCAAACCUGGCUCUCUGGGGUGUUUUUUGGGGUCCUGAGUUCACUCUAAGCUUUGUAUCAACCUCUGAGUAUCUGAGUACCCCUCACUCGUGUAGUACUCAAAUACAUCUGGUUACCAUGGUAAAAUACUACAUGUAAACAUAAACACUGUCAGCUGGGAGAUGGAGUAUAAAUGUUCAUCCUGUCACAAUUUGAAGUAUUUUAAAAAUAGUUUUCCAAAAAGAAUCACCCACAGAGGAGAGCCCUCACCUGUUUGUCCCACGCCACUCCAUGUAAAACUGUGUGUAUAACGGCACCCCCUUUGGUCCAGAGGUGGAACUACACCCCCAGUCUGACCCUGAAGUUGGGAGAGGCUUUUGUCUAGAGCAGCUAUUUUAUGUGCAAUGUAUUCCAUCGAGACUCGCUACAGCACCACCUUCUGUUGUCCAAGGUGUAAGAUUAUGCCACGUGGGUUUGGGAUGUUUUUAUGGAACAACAGAAUUGCAAAUGAGAGCAGCUAUUUUCAUUUAUGACUAAACGCAGACAUUUUGUUUUCUAUGUGUUUUUUUUUAAAGGUCCCAUUUUUUUUGCCAAACUGACUUUUUAAAGCUUUUGGACUGAACACAUAACACUGUUCCUACAUCUAAAUGUCAAAAUUAUACAUGUUAAGUAUAGACUAAGAUAUACAGAUGGCCACUUUGCAAAUACGAAGCUAGCAUGGGCGCGAUUUGGCUCCAUCGAUUCUGGCUCCAAUUCACUUUCUUUUGAAAAACCUCCGCCCCUCUCUCUGUAACUGCUGCUGUCAGACUCAUUCUGAUCAUUCACGUACAGCUCCUGUUGAAUCCAUCUCCUCAUCAAGAGUCUAAACUGUGCACCUCCACGUUUUUAAAGUCCAUUCAACUUCACCAGACUCAAUCUAGUCACGUUCAUGCUCAAAUUGUCUUCGAUACUCCAGCUAAUAACCAACACUGACGCUAGCAGCUACUGUGUUAGCCUCAUUUAAACCAUCUCACACUCCACUGUUGCAAGCAGAGGGCGCAGGAGCUAUUCAGUACUUUUUUUAACAAAAUCAAAGCUGAAUUACACAAAAGUACCAACACAAAAACGUCCAAAAGUAUUUAAAAAGCCAUUAAAGUCCGAAUAUGGGAUAUGUGUUAUUUUCUGUUGCUGGGGAAACCACUUGUGUCCUUUUUGUGGGUUUAUAAUGUGGUUGAUUCUCUUUUCCUGCACUGUGGACCGGAUGCCUUAUGUUUCAGUGGCCUUGUCUUCUCACAUGUGAAACAACUCUUCAGUCUAACUUCAUAUCUGUCCAUAUCUGGUUACAUCACUCUUUAAUCCAUGUGUGUGAAUGGAGACACUGAAAAGCUUUAUUCGAGCUCCUUACCAGAUCCGCGUCACCUGGCGGCCAUUUUGUCUCAUGACUCUAAACUUCAUAAUAAAUAUCAGCUUCAUACAA